AUGAAUUUGUUGUAAGCAUUGGGUUUUGGUCUCCCCAUUCUUUAUCUCUCUCGUCAAUUCUUGUUCUUCCGUCAAUUUAGUGGAGAAGAUCCGUUUAGCAUUAGGUCGCUAAAUUUUCUACACUAAUCGCUUGAAUUUCCAUUACGCUACAACACAAACACUAGCAUGCAAAACACGUGUUGCAUCCUUAUUCAAAAUCCUCACACUCCCCUACUCGCCAUUUUCUUGCUUACAUUAUUACAUCAUCACAUAGAUAAGUGAUAAAGCUGAACAUUUAUCUUAUCAUUCAGAUCGAGUCGAUGGCGAAUCUCCCCCUUCCAUCAAUCUCCAUGAAGAAUAAAGAAUCAAGUAACGCUUCAGAAAGGAUAUUGCAUGCUGAACGCCUUAUUACUCAAUUGAGCAAUCCCAAUCUCCGAGAAAAUGCUCUUUCUGUGCUCUCGAAGAUGACAGAUAUAUUUCAAGAUCUGGCACCAUUGUUGUGGAAUUCUUUUGGCACUAUUGCAACACUUUUACAGGAAAUGGUUUCAAUAUAUCCUGAUCUUUCACCACCAAAUCUAACUUCUGCACAAUCAAAUCGAGUAUGCAAUGCUCUUGCACUACUUCAGUGUGUGGCAGCUCACCCUGAAACAAAGAUGUCAUUCCUCAAAGCUAACAUGCCUCUGUAUGUGUAUCCGUUUCUUCAUACGACAAGCUUGUCAGAACCAUUUGAGCAUUUGAGGCUUGCCAGUCUUGGAGUCAUUGCUGCCUUGGUGAAGGUUAAAACCAAAGAAGUAAUAGGUUUUCUUCUCUCAAGUGAAGUAAUGCCACUCUGCCUUCACAAUAUGGAAAUCGGCAAAGAAUUAUCAAAAACGGUUGCAACUUUUAUAGUUGAGAAAAUUAUUUCGGAAGUUGAAGGUUUGGCUUAUGUUUGUGCUACACCAGAUCGCUAUAAUGCAAUUGGUCGAGCUUUGGACAUUGUGUUGGCAAGUAAUAAUAAGCAACCAUCACCUCGUCUUUUGAAGGUUAUAAUUCCAUGUUAUGAUCGUCUGUCUGGUAAAAGGGUUGGUUGAGACAAAAAAUAAUUCCAACAUUUUAAGUGUUGACUUCAUGUCUUUUCCCUUAAAAUUAAACUUGGUUGUAUUAAAACAAAGCUGGCAAUGCAUUAAGCCAGUUGUUAUCUUUCAAACAUGUUAAGAGAUGUGAAGUUACCUUCGUAUAAGUACUUCUUGUGAAAUAAGUAUAUAUGCAAAUUUGAUUUGGAUCUCA